AUGCAGUCUUUACUUUCUCUCCUACCCGCAGCGGCCCUUGUUGGAGCUGCCGCUAUUCAACCCUCUCCAACAACUGUGAAAGCAGCUGCUGCUGCCCAACCAGCUGCCACGACAGCAGCCGCCCGCGGAAACCCAUUUUCUGGAUACCAGCAGUAUGCGAACUCAUUCUAUUCGUCCGAGGUUAUCAGCGAGGCAAUUCCGUCUCUUUCGGCUACUUCUUUAGCUGCGGCGGCGAGCAAAGUCGCUGACGUCCCGUCGUUUUACUGGUUGGACACUGCAGACAAGGUUCCUACUAUGGGCACCUUUUUGGAAGAUAUCCAGACACAGAACACCGCGGGUGCAGACCCUCCAUUGGCCGGCAUAUUCGUCGUCUACGACCUUCCGGAUCGUGACUGCGCUGCCCUAGCCAGUAACGGCGAGUACUCAAUUGCCGAUGACGGAGUUACUCAUUAUAAGGCAUACAUUGACAGCAUCUAUGACCAAAUCUCCAACUAUUCUGACGUCAAUACCAUUUUGAUCAUCGAACCCGACAGCCUGGCAAACAUGGUGACAAAUCUAAGCGUGGAAAAAUGUGCCAACGCCCAAUCUGCGUAUUAUGAGUGCGUCAACUACGCUGUACAGAAGCUCAACCUGGACAAUGUUUCCAUGUACAUUGAUGCCGGCCACGCUGGCUGGCUUGGAUGGGAGGCCAACCUCACUCCAGCUGCUCAACUCUUCGCCGAAGUCUAUACAAACGCCAGCUCACCAGCAGCUCUUCGUGGACUCGCCACCAACGUCGCCAACUACAACGCGUGGACAAUAGAUUCCUGCCCAUCUUAUACCUCGGGUGACAGCAACUGCGACGAGCAAGACUAUGUCAACGCAAUUGCUCCUCUUCUUUCUGCUGCUGGCUUUGACGCUCACUUUAUCACUGAUACAUCCCGCAACGGCGUCCAACCCACCAAGCAAUCUGCGUGGGGAGACUGGUGCAACGUCGUCGGCACCGGUUUCGGUGUCCGUCCAACUUCCGACACUGGAAAUGACCUGCAGGAUGCCUUUGUCUGGGUUAAGCCCGGCGGCGAGAGUGACGGAACUUCGAACUCGAGUGCGACGCGCUAUGAUGCUCACUGUGGUUAUAGUGAUGCUCUGCAACCGGCUCCGGAAGCAGGAACCUGGUUCCAGGCAUAUUUCGAGCAGUUGUUGACGAAUGCAAACCCGGCUUUCUCUUGA